AUGUUACAAGAUAUCAUUGCAAUGGUGGAUCAGACUAAAAUUUGUGGUGGUUUGCACGCCCAAGAUAAAAUGCCAGUGAUCGAUUCUAAAACAGUGAAGAAAGAUGCCGGUGGUACCUGGCGACACGUGGCAUGUCCUCUCAUCAUCACACAUGGAAAUCGUUGCCUCUAUGACCGGAAAGCGAAGAAGACAGUGGCAAAACGAAUCGAGAGAUUGAAUAAAAAUGAGGCCCCCAAGAAAAACAAAAUAACAUUGACUCCCAAAAUCCGCUGUCAGUGGCUGUGCAUGAAAACACGACUCUAUAGUUCUAUGAGAAAACAGAAAUUGGCCGUUCGGACACUGGAGGAACUGAGGAAAGAGUUGGAAAUAUGCCAGCUGAAGGUGGCAAGAAUUAAGGAACAAAAACUGACAGAGCGUUUGGACACCCGUCGAAUCUCCAACAAUCAAUUCGUCCUACUGGAACAAAUGCCCAUAGCUGUCUUUGCAUCCAAGGGACCUGUGAAGGGAGAUAUUCUCGCUCCUCUAAUAAUGAAAGCCAUCGUUUUGAUGGAGGGUGCUGGAGCCAAGAUCCAUGGCGUGAUAACAGAUGGUGCCCGAACCAAUCGUAAAUUUUGGUCAAAUGAUAAUGUGAAAGUAUCUAGUGAUUCUGUCCAUCGAGGACUGAAAAUCUUGAGAAAUAUUCCUGAAUUACGUGAUAGUGAGGAGACAGCUGAAUUCUGCAAGUGGAUGAAUGAUCUCUUUGACGCUCUGAAUGGCAACAACGAGAUGCAAGGCGUUUCUCCGGGUAACAUCGAUUAUAAACCCCCAAGAACUGGCAAUUGCUCCGUUAUCAGAAAUGAUUCCCAGAAACCACUCUUCACUAUGUCGGAUCUAAAAUCUGUCUUUGCUAAGGGCGGUAUGACUGAUAAAAAAAAAGAUGUGCUGAAGAAACUGGACGAUAUGAUUAAAAACGAAGAUUGGAGCAUGGAAGAUAUCGUCGAGCAUGAUUAUGCUAAGCCUGAAAUUACGCACUGUCUUUUGUAUUGCAUGACAUCUGAAUUAAUGUAUCGCAUCAUGAAUACUGAGAAAUGCCUCUCCUGCCAAAAUGCUUUGCUCGAAGCUUCUGAUAUUCCAAAGCUUCCAGAAGCAGCAUUAACUCAAUAUUCUCUCGAAUCUCUUUGUUAUCACCCAAAUACUCAUUUAUUUCGAUUCAUACUACAUUUGGAAAGUCUCUUCCAAAAAUAUUGCGAUUCAAAAAAUCCAUUUGAAGCAAUCCUGAAUGAUGUUCUUGAGUCCAAUAAAGUUUCAUUCCCCUGCAAGGAACAUGGUUCGCAGAAAAUCAUGUACAGCAUAUAA